AGCUUUCUCGCAUAGCGCCUUUCGGAAAGAAAUGACAGAAAGGAAGUUUAUUCUCUAGGCGCGGAUGUGCAGACCCUGUCAUUUCCUUUUCUUAUCUCUUUGAAUUGAGUGCGCGUCUGAACCGGCGAGGAAAAAAGCCGAGACUCAGACAAGGCAGGCAUGUAAAAUGAGACAAUAAUAGCUUGGGCGUGGUUAGAAAGUAUUUCCUUUCACACUCAGGAAGGAGUUUUGGAAGUUUAGAAGGAUAAAAAAAAAGUCGAGUCAGGUGAAGGACGACAAACAUGGCGACGAGCAGCAACGACGGACGAGAAGAGCCCGACGUCCCCUGCGACAGCUGCAUGGGAGAGCCUGGAAGGGCCGUCAAAUCCUGUCUGACUUGCCUGGUAUCCUUCUGUGAGGAGCACCUGAGACCUCACUUGGAGAACACCAAGUUCAAGAGUCACCGUCUGGUGGAGCCUCUGCACCACGUGGACGCGCGCACGUGCGACGCGCACCGUCUCCCUCUAGGGCGCUUCUGCUUGACGGACGGCCGCUGCCUGUGCUCCGACUGCUGCGAGGGGGAGCACCGAGGUCACGCCACAGCAUCUUUAGAGGAGGCCAGGGCUCGAAUUCAGAAUGAACUGCAGAAAAAGCAGGACGAGAUCAGUCGGAGCAUCUCGGCUGCAGACAAAGCACUGGAGAAGCUGCGGAGCAACAACGACGCCAUGACGUCUACCGUGCGAGAAGUGUCUGCUCAGGUGGAUCGGCACUUCUCCAAGCUGCAAGAAGCGGUGGCGGAGGCCCGGAGGCAAGUGGGGGAACGGUUGGAGGCCGCGCGGACGCGAGCUCUGCGCCAGGCCGAAGGCGUGGAGGCCCACCUGAAGCAAAGGAAGGCGGAGCUGAGCAAGGCCUCGGUUGGGAUCGGCAAAGUCUCGCGGGCGGACUGUGACGUCGCCUUCCUGCUGGAAUACGCUCAGUGGAAGGAAGGCGUGGCUGAUUUUUGCACACCCAGGGUCAGCGUGACCCGUUUGGACCACGUGAACUCUUACGUCCAGGUGGUAGCCGUUGUCACGCAGGAGCUGCGUGACCAGAUUCUUACCUCCUACCAACAAAAGCUUAGCGCAAUUUCUCAAAGCGGCCCAUCCCAGACGCGGUACGUUUGGCUGCCUGAGCCGAAGACCUUGGAAGACUUUUUAAAAUAUGCAAAGAAUUGGACUUUUGACCCAGACAGCGUCCAUAACUUCCUGCGUCUGACGUCAGACAACACCAAAGUGACCAACACCAGCCCCUGGCAGCACAGCUACUCGGAACAUCCCGAUCGCUUCGAGCACUGGCGGCAGGCGAUGACGUCGCAGAGCGUUUACGAGGGCCGCCAUUACGCCCGGGCGGAGCUGAGCGGCGAGGGGGCACACAUAGGCGUGGCCUACAAAAGCAUCGAGCGCAAAUGUCAGGAAAGCGCCGGCUGUGUCACCCACAACGACUUCUCGUGGUGCGUCGGGAGGACCGGGCGGGGGUUCUCCGCCUGGCACGCCGGCGUCGAAACGCCCCUGGAGGUGACGUCGGAGGAACGGGACGUGAGCGGCGUCGGCGUGUACAUGGACUUUCGCACCGGUCACGUUUCCUUUUACCUGGCGAGCGAGCCCAUGAGACUGCUGCACAAGUACAACGCUGAUUUUAUUGAACCAUUGUAUGUUAUCGCUUGGCUCUCAAAGAAGGAGAAUGUGGUUUGUCUGGUUAACGCAAAGUGAUGUCUUCAAUCACCAAACUUCACUGUUUUCUGAGUGAAUCUCAGAUCCAUGUGGGCUCCAGUAGGUCUCCUGCAAUAUUUGUGGCGGCUGUGGUGUAAUUCGAUGGAAGAUUCAUCUGAAAAAUCCACCUAUUGCUACAAAACAGUGAAGUUUGGUGGUGGCAAAAUCAUGGUCUGGGGAUACAUCCAGUAUGGGGGUGUGCGAGAGAUCUGCAGGGUGGAAGGCAACAUAAAUAGUCUGAAAUAUCAAGAAAUCUUAGCUGCCUCUUACAUUCCUAACCAUAAAAAGGGACAAAUUCUGCAGCAAAAUGGUGCUCCAUCGUAUACUUCAAUCUCUACCUCAAAGUUCCUCAAGGCAAAGAUCAAGAUCCUCCAGGACUGGCCAGCCCAGUCACCAGACAUGAACAGGAUGAAAGAGGAAGCAUGGAAGACGAAACCCAACAAUGUUGAUGAACUCUGGGAGGCAUGCAAGACUGCUUUCUUUGAUGUUCCUGAUGACUUCAUCAAUAAAUUGUAUGAAUCCUUGCUGAACCGUAUGGAAAUCAUACAGAAUAUUAAAUUUGGAUCUCACAGCACCACUACUUAAUUGGCUUAUGUUAUGUAACAUAUUUUUUAAUUUGAAGUACAUUUUUUGUUCAAUUUUCGCACUACUUGAGGACUACUAGGCGACAAAACUUUUGUCUUGUCAAAAUUUGACCUUUAUGUGUUCAUUAAAUGAUCAAUCUUUUUUCAGUGAAACAAAUACAUUUUUGUACAUUCAACAUCAUUUGGGAGGGUCUUAGCUUUCAUGUGAGCCAUUUCUGAAACCAAUUAAAUAAUUAAAAGACAGGUUAUUAGCAAUUGUGUCUACAAAAUGGAUUGGCGACAAGACUUUUGUCAGGGACUGUACAUUCUUUUUUCCAUUAGGCUUAAUGUAGCAAUGCUAACGUUUUACAAUGUUUAAUCUAGAAGUGUUUCCUUAUUUUGUAUGUCUGAACUUUCCAUGGCAGGUUGAUGGCCCAUAAACAUCUGUGAAAGCUA